AUGAUAAGCGUACGUGUGAACAGUUUUAACGAGAACUUUCUCAACGAGUCCGAUGGAGAUCCCAAUUCCGUUCUCAUCGAGCUAGAUAAGGGCCUUCGGUCAAUCAAAAUCGGAGACCAGUGUGAAGCCAUCAUCCGGUACCCAAAACUGUUUGAAAAAUAUCCCUUCCCCAUCCUGAUCAACUCGUCCUUUCUAAAGCUGGCCGAGUUCUUUCGUAUUGGUUCAAAUCUUUCGCGAUUAUGGAUCCUACGUGUAUGUCAGCAGAGCGAAAAGCACCUAGAAAAGAUACUUAACAUCGACGAGUUCCUGAAGCGCAUCUUCAUGGUGAUUCACUCGAACGAUCCAGUAGCACGUGCCCUAACGCUGCGCAACCUCGGAGCCGUUGCGUUCGUAAUUUCAGAAAAGCAACACGUGCACCACGCGAUCCGCAUGGCGCUUGAUAGCCACGAUAUGGUCGAGGUGGAAGCAGCCAUUUUCGCCAGCGUCCAGUUUGCCGCCCAGUCCAAGACGUUUGCUGUUGGCAUGUGCUCGAAAGUGGCGUCCAUGAUCGAGAGUUUACAAACUCCGGUCAACAUGAAACUGCACCUUAUUCCCGUGCUGCGUCACAUGCACCACGAUGCAAGUACGGCCGCGUUAGUGCGGGCCCUUUGUGCGGAUCUGCUACCUAAGUACCCGUCCGAGCAGUUUGUGGUGGAAAUCAUUCGUUCGCUUUCCCAGCUGUCCUGUGCCACGUUGGUGGACAUACCCGAUCAGGUGGAUCUGUUGCUGCAGUAUCUGCAAGAUCCGCGCAAACGCGUCCAAUCAACCGUACUAAUGUCGCUGAAAAAGCUGGCCGAAAAGGGCGCCUAUCUGUGGCCCAAAACCGCCAUCAGCAGGCUGCUGCAGCUGACGGUGCAAUGCAGCAACCAGAAUAUGGCGCUACACGUGAUCCUCACGUUGACCAAAUGCCCUCAUACUUGCCACACGAUGCUGAACGAGGAGCAGCAGCAGAUGCUGGACGUGUGUAAGAAUUGCCUGCUGAUGGAGAACGAAAGUGGCGGUCGAGCGAUGACCAUUCUGACCAGCCUCAUCACCUAUUGCCACACGGAAAACAUCCCUCCGCCGGUUCAGGUGCUCGAAUACCUGGAUAUGCAUCUGGAGUUUCUCAUCCAAUCGUCGCUGCAGAACAAGGCGUCGCUCAAGGACUUCCGCUUGUACCUGAAGUGUGGUGUGCAGCUGUCCAAGACGAGCCGCGAGUUUGGUGAAAGCUUUGCCGAAAUGAUCGCCGAACUGCUGAGCGAAGAGCAUUCAUCAUCGACCGCGGGCCAUUCAAAGCUGAUCUGCGAAGCGCUAGGAGCGAUCUGUUCGAACGUGAGCAUUUCGACCGAUUUCUACGAGCAACAGUCGGCUGGUGCGAGUCCUUUCAGUGCUGUAAUGCAGCAUAUGCUACGGAAACUAGAAUCGCUCUCUAAAACCGGCGGAGAGUUGGAUAAAGAGCGAACGAACAUCGUGGAGCUUCUGGCAGCGAUCUGCAUGCAGGCGAUGUUGGGAUCCUUCAUGCCGGACGACGUGAUUGGGAUCUUUCUGCAGGUGUUACAGACCACCAACCCCUGGACGCAAUAUCGCAUCGCGCGAUCGGCUUCUCGCUAUGGGCAGCACUUUCUAGCCGCGAUGAUUUACGAAAAGCUUUCGAAGCACAUUUCGCUGGAACAUCUGCACUUUUAUCUUGUCGCACUUAGUCAAAUCUCGAAGGCGGAGUGCAUUUUGAAUCACGGCCAAGAGUACGAGACACUCGCCCAAAAGCACAUUAAACGGGAAGCGGGAACAUCCGGAACCGGCUUCCUUUCCCUAAUCGAUCGGCUGGAGAAAGCCAUUAACUUGUAUUGCAUCGCACUGUCGACGCUCAAGGCGAGCUCAUCGCCCCAGCAUCCCCUUGCGUUCCAAUCGGAACUGAUCCGGUUGCGGUGCAUUUUCCUGGAGGUGUUGCACAGCAUCGUGAUCACGCGGAACACGCUGUGCAUUACACCGCCGUCGGAAAUUUCACAAACACUCGCCCAAAACUGUCGCGAUCCAUUGCAAAAGUACGGCCACAUUACGAACCAGCUGCGCAAACACGUGAAGCUGCUGAAAAACUGCGAGGACGCGUAUGGGCGGUUGUACAAGAACUCGUUCGAUGCAGACCCGGGUACACUGGAGCACCUGGAGGCGGUGCAGCAUCUGUGUGCCACGUUGCAGCUGUCGAUUGAAACGAUAUCCUUCAUCAAUCCUUCAGAAUCUUCCAAAAUCGCACCGCAAACGAGCCACCCAGAGACGCGGUAUUUGUUGGCCGUUUGCCGAACGGUGCUUUUGCAUCUACAGUCAAUUCCGGCCGAGGUUCCUGGUGGUACGAAGACACUCACCCACGAACACACGGAUAUGAUGAUGAAGCAGAUCGAAACGGUCGUCCGAUCGUCCCAUUGCACGCCGCGGUUUUUCUUCCAGGUGCUACAGAAUACCUCCGUCAAGCUGGCGCUUACGCCGCAACCACGUGCAACCGGCGAACCGGUGUUCGUGCAACCAAACAGCCAUCUUGUGGUGAAGGUGGAAGGCGUCAUUCAGCACUACGGUCGGACACCGUCCCUGUUUCGGGCGAUCAACAGCAUUCAGUUGACGCUGAAUUCUACCCUCAUGACUUCCCGGCCGAAUGAUGUUAAGCUACUCUCGGAUAGCACUACGUUAACGCAGGUCGUGAAGCCGCAUCGGGACUUCCUAAGUGGAAGCUUUCUCAUCGCUCUGAACAAUACCGCCCACACGUUCAACGGCGGUCCGGUUAGUUUGGGUGGUCAAUGGCAGCUGAACCUUGAAACGUGCAUCAUUGACGACAACGGUGUGAUGUGGCAGACUGGCCAGAAGAGCACGCUGCUUGUGCGAAUUCCGGAAGAUAAUCACAAACAAGCGCUUGGCAUGCAGUCUACCGUGCGUAGAUUCUGAAAGUCUUUCGAUUCGUUUAGUUAAUUUUUAAGUGCAGAAUGUUACAAUUAUGUAAUUUUAUAAUACAUGUAAUAUAUUUUU